AUGGAUUCUCGUAUCCAAUUUUAUCUUGUGACUUUCAUGGUCACUUUGGCAACAGUUUUGAGCCCUACCGUUGCAAAGCUGACUCCUAAUUAUUAUGACAGAAUUUGUCCUAAGGCAUUGCCAAUCAUAAAGUUAGCUGUUAAGCAAGCAAUUUAUCGUGAGCCACGCAUUGGAGCUUCAUUAUUGCGUUUGCAUUUCCACGAUUGCUUUGUUAACGGUUGUGAUGGAUCAGUUCUUCUAGAUGACACUCCUACCUUCCGUGCUGCAGUUACCAAAGCUUGCACACGUGAUGUUGUAUCAUGCGCAGAUAUUUUAGCCAUAGCGGCUCGAGAUUCUGUAGCCAUAUUGGGUGGUAACCAAUAUUGGUACCAAGUGUUGCUAGGAAGAAGAGAUGCAAGAACUGCAAGCUGGGAUGCUGCAAAUGCAAAUCUUCCACCUCCAUUUUUCAAUUUCUCACAACUCAUCACAAAUUUCAAUUCUCAUGGCCUAAACCUUAAAGACUUAGUUGUUCUAUCUGGUGGCCACACAAUUGGACUUGCCAGAUGCACUACUUUUAGAGACAGGAUCUUCAAUGACACCAACAUAGACGCCACUUUUGCAGCCAAUUUACAGAAAACAUGUCCUCGAAUAGGAGGCGACAACAGCUUAGCACCAUUUGAUUCUACUCCAAAAAAAGUUGACACAGCAUACUAUAAGGCUUUGUUGUACAAAAAGGGUCUCCUUCAUUCUGAUCAAGAGCUUUUCAAAGGUGAUGGUUCUCAAAGUGAUAGAUUGGUGCUGAAAUAUAGCAAAGACUCUUAUGCUUUUGCUAAAGAUUUUGGAGUUUCUAUGAUCAAGAUGGGUAACUUGAAGCCUCUUACUGGGAAAAAGGGUGAGAUAAGGUGCAAUUGCAGAAAAGUCAACAACUCCUGA